AUGAGCAGUGCCGAACAGCUUUUCCUUCUCGCCGACCACAUUAAGCUGUCUUUACUGGAACGAAAGAGAGCCCAAAGCCUUGGUCUGGACAAUGAUAGUCAAGACGGACACCUGUCACGAUCGUUUGAGCAGUUCAGAGUAGGGCUGGGCAACCAGUCAGUUAUAUUAACCACCAUCUUGUCUGGCAGCGCGGCAUCAGCCUUGAGCGACUCAAUUUCAUCUCUUCGGGAGCAAUUUGGAAACCUCACUUCGCAAUUUCACGGCUUUGCAUCGCCUGCAACCAUCGAAACGGUCACACACCCCAACUCGCAAACGCUGGCGGACGACUUCCAACAUGCGACAUCCACCCCAUCCGCCUACCGCAAAUCAAAAUCUGUGAGAUUCAGUGACACACCUGCAUCGCCGUCAAAUGAUCUGUUCGGCCGCUAUCGGGACGAUCCGCCGAACGACUCGGCUGGUUAUCGCCAUCAGGCCGGCGACAUGUCGAAUCAGCAAAUACACGAAUACCAUUCCCAGAUCAUGGAAGAACAAGACGAGCAACUCGAUCGCCUUGGUGUGUCUAUAAGCCGCCAAAGAGAGUUGAGUAUGCAAAUCGGAGACGAACUCGACAGCCACGUUGAAAUGCUGGAUGAGAUAGAUGGAGUUGUCGACCGCCACCAGAGCCGCCUCGACAGGGGUCAGAGAAUGCUGGGGAAGAUUGCAAGAGGAGCGAGCGAAAAUAAGCAAAUGACCACUAUCAUCGUUCUUAUCAUAAUUCUUGCUCUCUUAAUUGCAAUACUGAAAUAG